AAAAGCGCAUUAUUAAAGAUUCAGUUCCCUCCUAAUAUUUUGUUCAUGGCGGUAUUUUCCCCUUCUAAUUUUUUCAUUCCCCGCCCAUGUCUUUCCUUUCAAUAUUUUGUUCUUAAUCUCUCACCCAAAGGGCAGACGGCAAAGACACAGCAGAUCCUGACGACCUCCUGCUUCUAGCGACUUCCUCCUCCUUCUCCGACCCUUCCCCUGUAGGCUUUCUUCUCUUUCCAGCGUAUUACAUCGGCGAUCUCAUCGAUUUCUAUACAGGCGCGGUAAGGUAGCCUCCACUCCGGCGCAACAACCCCUUCGAACGAUGAAUUUUCAUCAAGUCUAAAAUUCUUGUGUUUAAGUGCUUCAAAGAAAGGUAAAAAUGAGAUAGGGUGUUAGGGUUUAUAGAAUGCACUCUACAUGUUUGUUAAAAUGCCUAAGGCAUCCCCGAACAACAACAAGCAGGUGCCACAAGAUGUUGUGACAACAGGUGGGUAGAAUUCUCGUCUUUGUACAAUCAGAGGUUCAAUUAAACACGCCAUGAAUGAAGAAAAGUCAAAACACCAUGAAUGGAGAAAAGACAAAAGAGAUGGAAGCUGUCACAACAUAUGGAUGUUUCAAUCCUUAAGAUUUACUACUUUUGAUGAGGAUGAGGAGGGCAAUUUGUAUCUUUUGAACAGACAAAGGAUUGGGAGAAUAAUUUGUGUCCAAGCUCACUGCCUUCGGCUUAAUGUUCAGCAGCUAGAAUCAAGCUAAAUUAAAUUAACCCCAUUGGAACAAGACUACAAGAGUUGCAAGGAGUUAGAGCUCAAAUAAUUAUAUCUUUCUUUGUUUUCUAUAAUUAAAUGCAACUUAUUUGUUAAAUACAUUGAAUCUCGCUCACUGCAUGUAUUAUGACAUUAUAUCUUUUAAGAUUCAUGGGUUGAUUUUUGUUUUGUUUCUGUACUCUAUUUUAAAGGGGUUUGUGUUGUCAACGGUU